GUGCCCAACGUCUCUUCCACUUGCAGUUUUGUGCGCGUCUUGUCGAGAGGUGUCUUUAGCCGUUCCGCAAGAAGAUUUUAAAAAAAAGAUGCCGUCUCUAUCAGAUCCAGUGGCUUUCGCCAAAGAUUUCCUCGCCGGCGGUAUUUCGGCUGCCAUUUCGAAGACUGCGGUCGCUCCCAUCGAACGAGUAAAGUUACUUUUACAAGUACAGCAUGUUUCCAAGCAGAUCGCAGCGGAUCAACGUUACAAGGGUAUGGUGGACUGUUUCGUCCGCAUUCCACGAGAACAGGGCGUACUCGCCUACUGGCGCGGUAACUUGGCGAACGUGAUCCGUUACUUCCCGACCCAGGCCCUCAACUUCGCCUUCAAGGACAAGUACAAGCAAGUCUUCUUGAGCGGAGUCGACAAGCACACACAAUUCUGGCGUUACUUCCUUGGUAACUUGGCAUCGGGCGGUGCCGCCGGUGCAACCUCACUUUGUUUCGUCUAUCCUCUCGAUUUCGCUCGUACCAGAUUGGCUGCCGACACCGGCAAAGCCGCUGGCGAGCGUGAAUUCUCCGGUCUUGGAAACUGCCUUACAAAGAUCUUCAAAUCCGACGGUCUCGGCGGUCUAUACAGAGGUUUCGGGGUGUCUGUACAAGGUAUCAUCAUCUACCGUGCCGCCUUCUUCGGUUUCUACGACACCGCCAAAGGCAUCCUGCCCGAUCCCAAAAACACACCGAUCAUCGUCUCGUGGGCCAUCGCUCAGACUGUAACGACAAUCGCGGGUAUCGUCUCGUAUCCAUUUGACACUGUCCGUAGACGUAUGAUGAUGCAGUCCGGCCGCAAGAAGACCGAGAUCGUCUACAAAAGCACGAUGCACUGCUGGGCGACGAUCGCGAAGACCGAAGGCGGAGCCGCCUUCUUCAAGGGAGCGUUCUCCAACGUGCUCCGUGGAACUGGUGGCGCCAUCGUACUAGUGCUUUACGACGAAAUCAAAAAUCUACUAUAAUUAGUUAACGAUAAUUUAUGCAAGCGGGAUAUACAAAUUUUUCCAAACGAAAAUUUAGUCGAAAAGUAUUUUAAAUUGUGCGCCGCCUCUUGACAUUCCGGCUGUAAGGCACAUCGACGGUCGUCCCGCCGCACACUUUAAAAUGCGUAGGUUAAAAGUAGAAUUAAUUUAUUUCAUCAAAAACUCAGUGAACAGAGAAAUUGUACGUUAAGUAUUAAAACGACUUACUUCAUCAUAAUCCGAGAACGUUUCGACAGCAGCAGCUCCUCCUCUAGGAUUAACAUGCAAUUGGUCAUUACAAUUUUCUUUCCGUUUUUUGGGUUAGCAGUUUCAACUGUAAAUAUAACUGUAGCGACAUCAAAUUGUUUUAACAAGCACUUACUUUUAGGGCUACUUGUUAAGUGUUACCAAGUUUGUUUAUAUUUUCGUUCGACUUUUGGCGAACUUAAUAAAAACUGUAAUAACAGGU